AUGCUGCGCCUCUCUAGACGCGUCGCGGGGAACCGUGGGAAGAGCAUUCAGUUUGGUGGCGAGGCGAGGGAGCGAAUGUUGAACGGCAUUGAGCGCAUUGCCACCGCUGUUGGGGUAACACUUGGUCCAAAGGGGCGGAAUGUCAUCAUCAGACAGACGACGGGGGAGCCAAAGAUCACGAAGGACGGAGUGACCGUGGCACGUUCUAUCGAAUUCAACGAUCAGUUUGAAGACGUCGGCGCCCGGUUAAUUCGGCAGGUGGCUGGAAAGACGAAUGACGUUGCGGGUGACGGCACCACCACUGCGACUAUUCUGGCUUGGAGUAUUUUUGCUGAGGGCUACAAGAGUGUGGCCACGGGGCCAACCCCAU